UCCCAAACUCCCAAACCCUAAUUUUCUUGGCAGGGGCAAAGCCGCAUCCAAAGCAAAAACCUCACGAAGAUGACGACCCGCUUCAAGAAGAACAGGAAGAAGAGAGGUCACGUGAGCGCCGGUCACGGUCGUAUCGGAAAGCAUCGCAAGCAUCCCGGAGGUCGUGGUAACGCCGGAGGAAUGCACCACCAUCGUAUCCUCUUCGACAAGUAUCAUCCAGGUUACUUCGGUAAGGUUGGUAUGCGCUACUUUCACAAGCUUCGUAACAAAUUCUAUAACCCUAUUGUCAACAUCGACAAGAUCGCUUCUCUCAUUCCACAAGAUGUGAAGGAGAAAGCUUUGAAGGAGAAUAAAGCUCCUAUGAUUGAUGUCACUCAGUUUGGAUUCUUUAAGCUUCUUGGAAAAGGUGUUUUGCCUCAGAAUCAGCCUUUUGUUGUUAAGACUAAGCUGAUUUCGAAGAUUGCUGAGAAGAAGAUCAAGGAAGCUGGUGGUGCUGUUGUUCUUACUGCUUGAUUUUUUUUUUUAUGGUAUUUUGUUUCGAACAAAUUAGGGUUGUUAGCCCCUUUUUAAUUUUGUUUGUUUUUGUUGUUGACAUUGAGAUCUAUGUUAUGCAAUAUUUUUGGGAUUCAAGUUUAUUGCGUUUGAUUGAGUUAA